GCUACUUCAACUACUGACAGCUUAAUGAAAAGAGGCACAGACCAGAUAUUAGACUUUAACAUGUGUGCAGGUUACCAGAAAUCAAAACUAUAAAGACAAUCUGUGGGAAAUUCUGCUGAGGUAAAACCAUGGGAAACUGGGCUAAACUGAAAGCCUCCAGCUGGGCUUAUCCCACUGCAGUCCUGUCGCUCUAUGGGUUCUUUGCCUACUGCAGAGUAGCAGAGCCUUUCCUCACACCAUACCUGAUGGGACCGCACAAGAACAUCUCUGGAGAAGUGGUGAACAACUACCUGUUCCCGAUCUGGACCUACUCCAAACUGGCGUGUCUCUUGCCCGUCUUCCUCCUGACGGACAUCCUGAGGCACAAGCCCCUCAUCAUGGUACAGGGGCUCUUCGUGGUCACCAACUACAUCCUGCUCUGCUUCGCCCCAGGUCUGCUUGCUAUGGUCUUCCUUCAGGUCAACUAUGCUGUAGUGACUUCCACAGAGGUGGCCUACCUUUCCUACAUCUACAGCGUGAUCCCCAUUGAGAAUUACCAAAGAGCCACUGGGUACGUGCGCAGUGCCAUGCUGGCUGGAUAUACGUUUGGCGCGAGCCUGGGCCAAGUGCUGGUCUCUGUGGCAGAAUUGGACUUAUUCUACCUUAAUGCGAUCACUCUGGGGAUUGUAAGCAUGGCUCUCCUGAUCUCCUUCUGGUUGCCCAUGCCCCAGAGGGGUCUGUUCUUCAAAGGGAAAGCGGCUGCAGCUGUGGGCUCCAAUUCCCAUCAGGACGGGCCUCUGGGAGCAGACCGGCCUGGGGAAGCGGUGAUGGAUAAGGAUGAGGUUGGCUCCGGGAAAAAGAAGAUGGAGCUCAAUGGCGAUGCAGGCUGGCACAGCAGGAAAAAUAUGGCCACUGCAGUCAAUCUACUCUGGAAGAGCUUCAGGGAGGCGUAUUCUUCAAGGAAUGUCAUCUACUGGUCUCUGUGGUGGGCUCUGGCCUCAGCUGGCUACGAGCAGGUUUUCAACUACAUCCAGCUCAUGUGGGACCACAUAGAGCCAUCUGCUACAUCGUCCAUCUACAACGGAGCGGUGGAGGCUGCCUGCUCCCUUGUAGGUGCUGUGGCAGCCUUCUCCGUGGGCCACCUCAAGGUGACCUGGGCGGUGUGGGGGGAGCUGGCGUUGGGGUUGUUCUCUGCAGUGGCGACGGGUGCUGUGUUUCUCAUGGCGCUCACCAGCAGCAUCUGGGCGUGCUAUGCUGGUUACAUAAUAUUCAAGUCCUGCUACAUGCUCCUCAUUACCAUCACAACAUUUCAGAUUGCAUCCAACCUCUCCAUGGAGUGUUACGCUUUGGCCUUCGGGAUCAACACUUUUUUGGCCCUUUUCCUGCAGACCAUUAUCACGCUCGUAGUCGUUGAUGAAGCUACGCUGGGACUGGACAUCGUGACACAGUUCAUCAUCUACGGCAGCUACUACGCCUUCAUCUCAGUGCUCUUUCUGAUUCGAGGGACAUACACCGCCUGCACACAGCAAAGGAAUCCUGAACACACUCAAAGCAAGGAACAAGAGUCCAGUGUGGAUGUGAUCUCUGCGGAGCGUUUCUGAACAACAUCAAUAAACUGUUACAGUCUAAAUAAUACUGAAUGAGCAGGUGAUGGUUCCAAUUAUUCCAUGGGGAGCACAAUGGUAAUAUUCCAGCGGGGUAACGGUUCUCUACAGAAGAGGAUUAGGGAUUCAAUUACUCACAAUAUGAAAGAAUAUUCAGAGAGAGAUCAAUAAAGCACAGAUACGGUUGAUUAAUUAUUAUUUUGCUGUACAGCAACACAAUAAUGAGAAAACACUACCUUGCUCACAAGCUGUCAAUCGCUGAGUGCUCCCCAAAGAUAGAGAGGUUUGAACACUGCCUACAGAUAGCAAGAACACAUGCCGAUCCUAACAUUCAUUUCACAUCUUUUAGGUAACCUAUUAUAAAUGUGCAGGUCACUUCCCUUUUCUGAAACUAUAACUAAUAAACACAUUAUAUGAAGAUUAAUUUAACAUGACCCAAUGUAAAAAACAUUUCGGAAUUCUGACUUUAAUCUCAGAUUUCGUAGAAGAAGAAAAAAUUGGACUUUGUUCACAAAAUUCUGACUUUUUCUUAGAAAAAGAGUCCGACUUCUGACUUAAAUGUCAGGACGAAAACAAAAGUACUCUCGCUCAGAUCCAAAACAUUAAAUAAAAAAUCCCACGUGACCCAAUCCUCUUCCGUAGUCUCAGGUGGGCGAUGCUACCAUUACCUGACACUGGAGGAAGUCCAUGGCUGAUAUUACAUAGAAAACAUAGUUCAAAUACAUAUUAUAACAUUUAAGAAGCACAAUGCGAUACACAAUUAUAACAGAAUAUAUAUAUUUUUUAAAGUUACAUGUGAACAAAACUAAAUCAUAAAUUCUAAUUUAAAAAGGCAGUGUAUGUUUUGGUCAUUGGAUUUUCUUUUCACAAAAGGACAUUCAAAACCCCAAAACAAGUGCAUAUAUUUAAUUGUAAUUGUUUAAUCUGGUGGAAUAAAGUACAAAUGUCAAAUAUCACUACCUUUCUUCAAAAUUAAAUGCUGACAUUACAGAAUGCAUGGUUUUAUGACAGUGAGAUAAACACAGUUUGGUUUUAAUGGAAGUCAAUGAGGUUUGCCAUGAAGGAGUCCAUAGGGACUAUCUGACACUACAUAAAAAAUAUGAAUGCAAUCAAAUCCAUUUUGUUGCUAAUCUUUGACAAAUUCCAGACUCUAAUAACCACCA